CUAACAUUGUAGAUAAGACAGUAGAUUUCAUAAAGUCAUAUUUUUCAGAAUACUGUAUAACAAGAGAAAUUUACUUUCAUCAGUCUAUCAGAUAAGAAUUCUCAUCCUUGAUAUAUACAAAAUAAUCUAAAACUUUGCACUGAUAUUUCUAUUAAAAUAGUCUAAAUUGAAAAUUUCAAUUAAAAUUUGUGAUAAAUUACAGUGAUACGUUAUAUAUUCAUUUUUCGGAGCAUAAUGAAAAUGUUGAAGAAAAUACUGAGACAAAAAUUAAUAUUAAGAACUGUUGCUGGUGUAUGUGCUGGAAUAACAAUAGGUCUUGUUCUUAAAAUUAGUACUCCUCAGCCAUGGUCCAAACGAAAUAUAAUGUAUCUUAAAUUCCUUGGAGAAGUAUUUAUGAGAAUGGUAAAUUGCUUAAUAUUACCUCUUGUAAUGUCUAGCAUCGUGAGUGCUACGUGUAACUUGAAAAAAUCAGGCCGAAUUGGGACAAUGGCAUUAUACUAUUAUACAACAACAACGUUGCUUGGAAUAACACUAAGUGUUGUACUUGUUCAAACAAUAAAACCUGGUGAAUUACUUAAAAAUGAAAAUAUCAUAUCACAAAAUUCAACCAAAUCUUUCAUGACUGUGGAUACAAUUUUAGAUCUAUUUCGAAAUCUGGUACCAGAAAAUAUAAUGAGUGCAUGCUUAUCUCAGUAUCAAACUAUGUUGGUCAAGCCAAAAAAUGAAUCAGUUCCAAUAUAUGAAUGGCAAAUAGAUCAUACAACUAUAACAGGAACAAAUGUCUUAGGACUAGUAUUCUUUAGUUUAAUUCUAGGCCUAGCUAUUGGAGAAAUAGAAACAAAGGGUGAACCUUUGAUUAACUUUUUUCGAUCUUUAUCAGAUGCAAUGAUGAAGAUUAUGAGUUGGGCAAUAAUGCUGGUACCAAUAAGUGCAUUAUUUCUUAUUGCUGCUAAAAUUCUUGAAGUGGAAGAUUUCGAGAGUUUGAUCAAACGACUGGGAAUUUAUAUUUUAACUGUCUUCACUGGUUUACUUAUACAAGGGCUAAUAAUACUUCCUCUAAUAUAUUUUAUAUGCACCCGCCAAUCUCCGUAUAGGAUUAUAGUUAAACUGGGACCAGCUUUUGUUACUGCAUUUGGUACAUCAUCCAGUACAGCUACAGUUCCAAUAACAAUAUCAUGCUUAGAACGUUUUGGAAUGCCUUCUAAAAUAUGUCGAUUUAUUGUACCAAUUGGUGCUACCAUAAAUAUGGAUGGUAUAGCAUUAUAUGAAAGUAUUGGGGCAAUUUUUAUUAUUCAAUUGCAUGGAUUACAAUUUUCGUUGUUCAAAGUCAUAAUAAUCAGCAUAACUUGCACCGUAUCGUGUAUUGGAGCUGCUGGCUUACCCAGUGGCGGGUAUGUAAUGCUAAUAAUGGUAUUAAAUUCCGUGGGAGUCCCCGUAGAAGACGUUUCAUUAAUUAUUGCCAUUGACUGGUUUGUCGAUCGAUUUAGAACGACUUUGAACAUCGUUGGUGAUGCCCUAGGUGCUGGUAUAAUAACUCAUUAUUAUAACAAAAAUAAACAAAUUCCUGGUUCAGAAGAAAUGGAAUUGUGCACAUAGAACGAAAUGAUUCUUUAUAUUGUAAUAUUAAUUAAUUUACAGUAAAAAAAGGAUUUAAAAA